UCGCGCGCGCCUGGCAACCAGUCGGCGAUGCUCGAUGUCGCUGCUCGAACAUCGCUGCAGCCAAAGUACGACAUCGUGCUGUACGGCGCCACCGGCUUCACCGGUCAGCUCGUCGCGGCCUACCUCCACUCCGUGCAAGACCUGCAGGGGCAGAAGUGGGCCAUCGCCGGCCGCUCGCCCGCCAAGCUGGCCGCGCUGGCCACCAAGCUCGGCGCGGGCGUCAGCUCCAUCGCCGCCGAGCUCACGGACGCCGCCGCCACCGCCGACCUGGUGUCCAGCACUCGCGCCGUCAUCAACUGCGCCGGUCCCUUCUCGCAGCACCACGCGGAGGAGUUACUGGGUGAGUGCGCGAGGAGAGGUGUUCACUACUCCGACUUGGCCGGCGAGGGCUUUUGGCAGGCGGAAAUGGCGGCCAAGUUCCACCAGGUCGCCGAGCGCAGCGGCGCCAAGAUUGUGCUCGGCGGCGGCGUCGACUCCAUCCCGAGCGACCUCGGCUGCAUGCUCGCCAUCGACGCGCUCCCAGGGGAGGGGGGUCCGAUCCAGGCGCGCGCGGUGUACACCGAGUACACGGGGAGCUUCUCCGGGGGCACGCUCAACAGCGGCCGCGCGAUGAGCCGCGCGCGCAACGAGGGCCGCGUCACGGCCGCGAUGGAGGCGGACCCCUACCUGCUCGCCCCGGGCACGACCGGCGCGGACAGCGCCGUCGGCACCGCCGACGGCAUGCCGGCGGGCUUUGGCUGGGGCCUCUCGCGGCGGCAGCCCUUCUUCAUGGGGCCGAUCAACGCGCGCGUCGUGCGUCGCUCGCUGGCGCUGCGCGGCCUCGCGCAGCAGGUCUCCUACUCCGAGUGCUCGUCGGUCGGGCUCUGGCUGCGCCUCGGCUGGGUGUACGCGUCGCGCGGCCUCGGCUACUUCCGCGGCGAGCCGAUCAACCUCUCGCCGCGCUCGGGCGAGGGCCCUCCCUCUUGGCUCCUCGAGGAGGGCGCAUUCGCGGUGGAGGUGACGGCGACGGCGGCGAGCGGCGCGCAGGCGGUUGCGACCGUCGUGGGCAAGGGCGACCCGGGCUACGGCGCGACGGCUAAGAUGUUGGCCGAGGUGGGGCUCUGCCUGAGUCUGGACGCGCACCCCUCUGCGGCGGGAGGCGUGCUCACGCCCUGGACCGGCUUGGGGGAGGCCCUGGCGGCGCGCCUGCGCCGGGCGGAGGGCGGCGCCUUUAUGACGCUCGACGUCGCGCGGACACCGCGGGCGGGCGAUGGGGCGGCGGUGCGAUGAGCCGCAUGAGUGCGAUGAGCCGCGUCGAGAGAGAGAGAGUUUUGUGUUGUUCGCGUCGAUAGACGAUAGAGCCGUAGCAAUUGG